CCGCGGAGCCGGCAGCCAAUCGCCGGCCGGGGCGCGAAGGCUCGGUUGAAUCCAAAACAGAAAGUACCCGAGGGCGGCGCCGUGAUGGAGGCGGCGGAGACCGAAGCUGAGGCGGCCGCGCAAGCGGUCCUGGCCGAGGUGGCAAAUGUUCUAGAACCUGUAGGCCUACAGGAAGAAGCGGAGCUGCCGGCCCAGAUCCUGGCUGAAUUUGUGAGGAACUCUCGGAAGAAAGACAAGCUACUCUGUAGCCAGCUUCAAAUAGCAGAUUUUUUACAAAAUUUUCUGGCUCAAGAGGACACUGCUCAGGGCCUGGACCCCUUGGCUUCUGAAGAUACAAGCCGACAAAAGGCAAUUGCAGCAAAGGAGCAAUGGAAGGACCUUAAGGCCAUUUACCAGGAACAUGUGGAGGCCAUAAGAAGUACCCUGACUGAGGCCCUGCCCCAAGUGGAAGAGGCCCAGCAGAAGCGUGUGGAACUUCAGGACGCCAUUGAGCAGCUCCAGGCCAAGAAACAAGUGGCCAUGGAGAAAUUCAAAGUAGCCCAGAAGCAGUGGCAGCUACAACAGGAAAAGCACCUGCAGGGUCUGGCAAAGGUUUCUGCAGAGGUCAAAGAGCGUCAGACUGGAAUUCAGCAGAAGCUUGAGCGGCUGUAUCAAGAACUUGGAGUCCUGAAACAGCGGGCAAUCCAGGAGCAGGAUAAAUUGCAGAGGCAUCAGACCUUCCUUCAGCUACUGUAUACCCUGCAGGGGAAGCCGCUCCCUGAGGCUGAAGGCCAUGUUAGCCCAGAAGCUGCCUCUCUACCUGGAUCUUCUUAAGGGGCUCAUUUAUUUCUGAUGAAGACAUCUGGAAGUUACAGGAAUCUCAUCUGACUUUGUUGUAGUACUUAUUGCUGUCAAGUUUGAUGUAUUUUUACCUGAGUCUCCUGUUUAUUUGUAAAGAAGCCAAACAGCAGCGUGAUUUAUUUUUAAAUGUGUAAGUAGUAGUAUUUACAUUUAGUUUUGUCUUAUAAUUCAGGAGAUAUUUUGUGUUUUGGAUUGUUUUAUUAAUGUGACUAUAUUAAAGUUUUGUGAGAACAUGAA